AUGGUCAUCAUCGUUGAAAUAGAAAAUUAUGUAGUCAAAAAAGUCCUCGUCGACCAAGGCAGCUCUGUUGACAUCCUUUACUGGGCAACAUACCAGAAACUUCAACUCCUAAACACUGCUAUGGUCCCAUAUGAUGAACCAAUUUAUGGCUUUUCUGGGGAAAAAGUUUCCAUCCGCGACUACAUUGACCUCCAUACCGUCUUCCGUGACGUAGCCCAAACCAAGACCAUUCCUAUCCGCUUCGUCAUCGUCGAUGCGCCUACAUCCUAUAAUGUCCUCCUAGGCCGCCCUUCACUCAACACCCUCAGUGCUGUUGUCUCCACACCUCAUCUGGCCAUGAAAAACCACCCCCUAGAGCUCCCUAGUGGCUGUACCAUCAAACUCGAUACUGAGCUCGAGUCUGAACAGCGCGACAUCAUAACACCCACCAUUUUCCACAACUCGGACCUCUUCGCUUGGUCAGCUGCUGACUUACCUGGAGUUGACCCUCAAGUGGCAUCCCAUAAGUUAUCCAUUUACAAGGAGGCCCAAUAUGUCUCCCAGAAAAAAUGCAAACUUGGUGAGGAGCGACGCCUAGCGGCGAUGGCCGAGGCCGAUAAAUUGCUGAGCGCGGGGUUUAUCGAAGAAGCCCACUAUACCACUUGGCUCUCUAACGUGGUCCUAGUCAAGAAAGCCAAUGGCAAGUGGCGAAUGUGUGUUGAUUAUACCGAUGUUAACAAAGCCUGUCCUAGAGACGCCUACCCAUUACCCAAUAUUGACUGA